CAUGCAACACAUGAAGUAUGGCUACUUCAACCUACUCUAACUUCACCACUUUAGCACUAACCCUAAUCUUGAUCUUUCGUCUGAUACCGGAAACCACCGCAUCACGCCAUCUGAAUGGAAAGAAUCCGGCGGUACUUGGAGUCACCACUACUAGCGAGAAAUACAUUGUUCCUCGGCCGUCACCGUUUUUUCGACCGUUUUUCCCACCGUUACCGUUUGCCCCUGCACCGUUCGGUGGGAAUAUCCCACGACCACCGUUACCUUCACCUCCAACAUUUCUACCGCCUCUCCGAGGUUUCAAGUUUCCUCCCUUUCCGUUCCGAAAGCCAACGCCGCCGUAAUCGUAUACGUUGACGGCAUCAAGUCUAAAACUGUAAUGUAAUAAAUUAUCUACUAUAAUGUAUUUUCUAUCUCUAUAUAUCACCGUUGAUCAUCUAUAAUUGAUGGUAAUAUCAUGGUAUGAAACUGUAAUAAAUAUCACUGGUGUAG